AUAGUUUGCAACAUAUUAAUUUUGUGUUAUUUUACUAAUAAACUUAAUUAGCGUAGAAGUAAAAGUAAAGUUUAACAAUAAAAAUUUAGUUUAAGUGGAAUUUAGAAUGUCUUUUAAAAUGGAUUCAUCAAUAUUUAGAAUAAGUUUACAAUAUAUUUUAAUAUCAUGUAUCAUGCUACAUGGAGCAGCCGAAAUAUUUCCUAUGGAAAUUGAAACGAAAAAACCUGUGAGCCCAGCAGAUGAUACUAAAGGUUUUACACAGGAUUUAGGAUUCAUCCAUGCAUUUUUUGCUUCGUUAUCGGUCAUUAUUGUGUCAGAAUUGGGUGAUAAAACAUUUUUCAUUGCUGCUAUCAUGGCAAUGCGACAUCCAAGAUUAACAGUUUUUAUUGGCGCCAUAAGUGCUCUUGCCUUGAUGACUGUUUUAUCAGCAUUAUUUGGAUGGAUAGCUACCGUAGUACCACGUGCGUAUACUUAUUACAUUUCUACAGCAUUAUUUGCCAUAUUUGGUUUGAAAAUGUUAAAAGAAGGAUAUUCUAUGUCACCAACUGAUGCUCAAGAGGAGCUUGAAGAAGUUCAAUCUGAUUUACGAAAAAAAGAGGAAGAAUAUGAAAAGGAAGCAUCUACAUCAUUAUUACAAGAUCCAGAAUCUGGUGUGAUACGUAAAGUUCCUAAAGCGAACAAUGUAUGCUGGUUUUUAUCACGUAUUUUUUUGCAAUCAUUUACAAUGACAUUUUUAGCUGAAUGGGGGGAUCGAUCUCAAUUAACAACUAUUAUUUUAGCUGCAAGAGAGGAUGUCACAGGUGUUAUUAUAGGUGGUAUUUUAGGACAUUCGUUAUGUACGGGUUUAGCUGUAUUAGGUGGUCGAAUGAUCGCCCAAAAAAUAUCUGUACGAACAGUAACAUUAAUCGGCGGCGUUGUUUUUCUAAUAUUUGCAUUUAGUGCAUUUUUUAUCACUCCUGAAACAUAAUUCAGGGUUUUUUAAGUGAUUUAAUUGUGUUUUUAAUAAUUGUAAAAGUUUUAAGACGAGAUGUCGGGCCAAAAGACAUUUGAAAGUGGUUUUUUAUGCACGCUAUUAUUUUAAACGUGCGAUUGAUUAAUUAGUUUAAUUUUCGUACAAGAAAAAAACUUGUCUCAAUUAUUGUUUAGCGAAUUACUGAUUAUUUUAUAAAUUGUAAUAUAUUAGUUGUUCCUGAAAAGUUUCGUCUAAUUUUUUUUUAUAUCGAAUCCAAAAUCAGAAUAGUUCCUACAACCUCGAUUAUGACAUCUUGAAUGUUUUUUCAGGAACUUUUUUCAGCUUUAAAAUCAUUUGCGUUUAUAUAUAAAUUUUAAAAUAUCUUUCCGGUUGUAUUGAACAGAGACACUGAUGCGAGUCCAUAUAAUUUCUCAUAAUUUUAACUAAUAACGGUAACUUUUAAACGUUACGGUAAAAAGAAUCUAAUUUUGUUUCUGUUAAAUGUGGAAACCAUCAUCUUUUGAAUAAAUUUUGUACAAAAAUAGUUAACUGUGACCCUCGAUACUGCACUACUUCUUUAGGGAAGAAUAUUUUUGUAAAUCGAUGCUUUUGCAUUGAAUCUUUUUCUCCCUGAAACAUCAUUUCGCAAUUGUAUGUCCGUGGCAGGAAAGGUAAAACUUAACAUUUGUAAGAUGGAAUAAAAACAAAAUAUUUCAUGAAUUUUUGGACGAAUAUCUGUAGAUAUACCAUUGGAGUAAAUUCUUGCAAAUUUGCACAUCGGUUAACAAAGAUGUUUCCCCAGUACUUUUCGAGGUUAAACUUUGAAUGUAAUCAUUAUUGGUAGGACCGGAUCUGAUUUAAGUCAAAAAUAACGUAAAAUCAGAAGUACUAAAUUAUAAACAAAACAUUCGAUAUUUUGAUUCGAUUUUAAAGUGAAAAAUAUGUAAAUAUUUGAAGAAAAUUGGAAAAGUAUUAAAACCCUGAAGCAAUUGUUAAUAUAUUCACUCUAUUUUUUUAGGAGAUAUUAAAAAAAGAUUUUUAUUACCUCAAAAAAAUAAAAAAUUUUCAUUUUAUUAAAUCUAGUGUCCUUUUGUACGCUAACGUGUAAAUAUUUAAAAAAAUA